UUAAUGCAAGAAAAUAUCACCCUUCUAUUAAAAUGGUAAGAGUAUCACAUUUUUGUUUUGAGCAAAACUAACACAUAUAUGCACUGGUAACUUUUAUAUUUGAUUUCGAAAGAAAUAAACCACUUAGUCUGAACUGUUAUAAUGUAAUUCUUUCCCGACACACUUCAUUUCUCGUGUAGUUUCUGGAUGCUACAGCUCUUGUUCAAAGACAUGUCAUUGUUCUGGUGGUGCUGAAGAUUGUAACUUUCUGACUGGUGAUUGUUUGUCAUCCAUCUGUCAUCCAAGAUGGAUAGGGGAUCAUUGCCAAACAGAUCGCUUUGAGACGAGCUCGAGGAAGACCAACCCAGGAGUGGCGAUCUUUUCUUGUUCGUUCACGGCGUCAUCAGGGCAAGCUCUCAGCCCCGCGGACAUCAAAGCUGCUCUUGGGGACUUUUCUGCAGCGAGCUGGAUUUCACAAAGCAGCUCUGUAUACAUAGAUAGAACCCUCAACAAUUCAUUUACUCAUGUCAAUAUGGGACCAGAGAAAGCGAUUUACUGCUUCGUCGGAGAUCCUGAAAUCCCUUCAGAGUUCAUGUUCAUAAGGCUACCUCCAAGGCAAUUCUUUGCGUUACCAAGUUUUAAUGGUGUACCAGAACUACUUGAAUUUGGAUACUACCACGCAGCCAUCGGUUGGAGACAAUGGGACUCUAGCUCUGAUACCGGGGAAGGACCAAUUGUAGGGUACAAGAUAUACGUGCGCUCAGGUAGCAAUGUCGUGUUGGCUAAAGAAGUACAGCCUCCAAGCAUGGUGAACAAUACGGGCCGUUCCGUAUCGAAGAGGUCUGCUGAGAAUGCUAGUGAGAUGGUCAUGUAUAACGUCAGUGGGCUUGAAGCAGGAUCAACAUACUCUGUUCAGAUUGCAGCGAUACGAGAUGGUACAAAUGGUGAAGGAGAGCAAGGACCAGCAUUGACAUUUAAAACUGAAAAUGGUCCCACACCAUCCUCUUCACCUACUACUUCUUCACCUUCUACUUCUUCUCGGCCAAUAUCAAGUCCAGCUGGAGAUUCUUCAAGUUCCAUAUCAACUGUCGUAGGAAGCGCUGUUGGUGCUAUUUUUGUGAUUGUUAUAGCUAUAAUUCUCAUCAUCAUCAUCUUUUACAAGCGAAGGAGCAAUGAAUCAGCCACUACUAAGUCUAAAGGGAAGGAUUCCGAUUCGUCUCCGCAGUAUGAGAACCCUGUAUUUGACCAGUCAAAGGGAGACGCCCAUACCUACCAAAACCUGCAUACCGACACCAAUACCAACCAGGAUCCGAAUACCGAUACUCAAAGCUAUGAGAAUCUCACCGACUCUUAUACCUACCAGGAUCUGAAGAAACCUGAUCAAGAAGCUAACUACGAAGCAUUAACUGACGCCAUACAGGGAGAUUAUGUAAACGUGGAAGACGUUUAAACAGUACUAGAAUUAAAUAGUAUUAUUGUGCUGCUCAACAAUUGAAUAAAUGAUAUGAAAAAAGACCCUAGUCCAGCACAAAAAAAUUAGUUAUCAAGACAAACAAAUAAUUUUAAUGAUUUUGAGAGACAAGAGGAUUUUCGGUCUUAAUUGAUUUGUCCAUAUUUCAAUCAUUCCGUGAAGAUGAACCAUGCUUUAAAGUCGUGAAAUAUGAAGUUUCUCUUAAUAACUGAAAAAAGUAUGAUAGACUUUAGAGUUAGAUUACAAGGAUGAAAAGUCGUCAGAACUAUCACGGCUUUCCCUUCUUCGUCUUUUGCUCCUCCUCCUUAUUUGUUCAUCUACCAUGUCUACUCGCGUUAUUCCCAAAUCUCUUGAUAUCGCAGAUCAGUACAAAGAAUUCCUUUAGAAAUACCAUGAUUUGCAGAAGUCUGACACAUUUGGGUAGAAAUAGUUGUGUUCCACCAGACUAUACCUGAGGUCCCACCACUAUACAUGAAAGUCAGGGUAUGUGAUUAAUUUCUUUAAAUGGGUUUAUAUAUACUUAUCUUCCUUCAUUGAAGUUUGUUUCCUACAGCACUGUCAAUU